GCAAGUCGCCUAUCCAGAGGGUGCAUGCCGAGGCAGGUCACGGUUGAGCCGCCGGCGCCACGGCCGCCGCCCCCACCAGGCACAGUGCCAUACGCUGUGGGGGAUUACGUCGAAGUGGCAGGUCGACUCGGGAACGAGAUCUGUCUGUAUAUCGUCCAGAUCCUGUCGCUGUGGACGUCGCCGUACGUGGGGUUCACGGGGCUGUACUACUACACCCCGCGGGACUUGGGCGACAAGAUCAUGGCGCAGUUUCCAUCAAAGGCAUCGACCCCCCACAAUAUUACGGCCCCCGAGUCGUCAUCCUCGGGCGCCAAUUCGUCGACAGACGCUGCAGCGACCACAGCGACCGAAGUGCACAAGUGCGAGGACCAAGAGAUCUUCCAGUCGACGUAUUCGGGGGACAACCACGUGGCCGCGAUCGUUCGCAAGUGCAAUGUUGUGUCUUCAUCGGCGUUCCACCACCAGCUCGUCCACAGCCCUGACGUCGGCAGCACAUAUCUCUGCCGGUACGCAUUCCACGCGUGGAAGUUCCCAUCGCCCUUUACCAAGCUCAUCACGGACGAAGAUCGUGUCAGAGUUCGACUCGGGGACGACUGCCAAGUUGACGUUCCUCCAUUUCAAGAGCCGACCAAGUCCCCGAUCGACGCCAAGACAGAUCGAAAGACCGAGGUGGUCGAAUGCCUCGAUUUUCCGCCAGACGAAGCCGUCGAUGCCACAGAAGCGACCCCACACCACCACGGCCUACGGAGAUGGGAGCCACGCCUCGCGGACGCAGCUCCGUUGACGGCGUUCCUCACCCUGGUCGAAUGCAUUCAAAUCGGUGUGGGCAAUGUCGUAUAUGCUUGGCAUGACAAGGCCAAGGAACAGAUCCUGUCUGUCCUGGAAGAGUACACGGGCGACCACAGCUUUCGCGUCGUGUACUUGGACGGUUCGGGUUCCCUUGACGUGGACGUCCAGUUUGUCCGCGGCCUCGUUAGCACCGACGAAGCGCUCAUGCUGCUGCACGACGCUGGAUACAACUACCGCAUCGCCACCGAGCAGGUCACUCAACUCGUGAGCGCGAGGUCCGCGGCGGCCGUCAAAUUUGUCCGCGACGCGCACGCCGACGACGGCGACUUGUCCGAUGCAAGCACGGCAUCCCACAACUCGUCGUCCCCGCGGUCGAUCAAACGCCAAUGCAAACAAAGUUCGAAACCACCUGGGAAACCCACGGGUGGUGCAUUAGACUAACGAGCACGACCUCUGUGUAUAUUCCUGUCGUGGUCACAACGAGCACAGUGGAGCCAAAUCCACGAGCGCCUGGUCGUUCCACAGAGCGUCGUCGUCGUCGUCACGGACAGUCGCAGCGUAGCGACUCGCAGUCUCGCGACCGAGCGCGCCGUACGCCCACAAGAGACGUUUGAGGGGCGUGUACAUGUUGAGGCUCGCGUAGUACUCGAGCGCCGAGACCUGGCUCGUCGAAAGUUUGGCCUGAACGAACGAUGGGUUGGCCACGAGUGCCCGGAGCUCGUCCUCCGUCCACGCAUCCAGUUUGUUGACAAAAUUCACUUGGGCAAAUGGCGACAGCGAGGCAAAAUCGAACGACGUCAGCGCCUACGUCGAUGAGGGUUUUCUUGGACAUGGCUGGGC